UACGUUAGACAUUUAAAGCAGUUGUUUGGCCGAACAAAUCUCGCCAAAUGAUGUAUUUACUUAGCUUUAGCAAGGUUAGCUAAGAUCAGACGACAGAUGUUUGAAAUAACUUUGGUUCUCUUUAUGUUCUCGUGUUUCAUUGUUGGCUGCAGCUGAGGAAGUACGUUGUUGAUCUCUCCGUUUGUCAACAUGGUAAAUGUCCACAAAGGAGUCCUUGUUGAAUGUGAUCCUGCCAUGAAACAGUUCCUCCUCUACCUCGACGAAACGAUGGCUUUGGGAAAGAAGUUCAUUUUAAAAGAUCUGGAUGACACACAUGUUUUCAUCCUGGCAGAAGUGGUUCAAAUCCUGCAGGAAAGAGUCGGCGAGUUAAUGGACCAAAAUUCAUUCCCCAUCACACAAAAAUAACAAUCUAUACAAAAGUAACUCCUGUACUAUGGACUGGUUGGCAUUGUUUUGGGGGUUUUCAGGUAGUUUGCAGCCAUUUACUCAACUUGAAGAGCUGCUCAUUCUUUCUAUGAAAACUCAUUUUCAUUAUAGCUGCUUAGUAUGUUUCUCUUUAUCGUGUUGGAUUACCUAAAACUGAUGAGUGUUACAUAGAUGUAAUUCUUAAAGGAAAAGAACAAUAAUGUUUCUUUGGAGGUGAGCCUUGACAACAUUUGGAGAUGGUAAUUAAACCCAAGCAAGAAAAGAACCAGAAAUUGGCAUCAUUAAUAUAUUUUAUUUUUCAAAAGUUGUUUGUAAAUAAAAUUACUCCGCCUGGAGACAAAGUCUUCUUUUUUCAUGGGAAAUACAAUGUACAAGCACCCCCCACCUCCAAAAAAUGAUGUUCCGUUUUUGUUGCAUAAGGUCUCUGUCUUUACUUUUUUUCUAACCAGAUAAUUUUUUUAUAACAAAAACAAAGCUAUAGUUUUUUUUUCUAGCUGUUAGAAACUUAUGUUUAUAAUUUGAUAAGACAUGUCUUUAAAUUGAGUGACAGUUUUAGGAUAUUCAAAAACUUAACUGAAAAUUAAAUAUUCGUUCAAAAACUA